GCGCGCAGGCGAUGGCGGCGUCCACGGCGUCGCCGCGGGCGCGCUCGAUCCGGGAGACGGUGCUGGAGAGCGUGGCGGCGUACCACCACCAGCAGCGCAUGCGCCGCCGCUUCCGCAAGAGCCUCUCCUACGCCGGCGAGCUCUCCGCCGCCGGCCGCGCCGUCUUCCCCUCCGCCUCCGCCGCCUCCUUCGCCGCCGGCCCCGACGACGACGACGAACAGCCCUUCUGGGAGGAGGAGGAGGGCACCGUCGAGCUCGUGCAGCUCGGCGCCAACCGCGCCAAAAACGUCCUCAUCCUCAUGAGCGACACCGGCGGCGGACACCGCGCAUCCGCCGAGGCCAUCAAGGACGCCUUCCGAAUCGAGUUCGGCGACGACUACCGGGUCUUCGUCAAGGACCUCUGCAAGGACCACGCCGGCUGGCCGCUCAACAACAUGGAGAACUCGUACAAGUUCAUGGUGAAGCACGUGCAGCUAUGGAAGGUGGCCUUCCACGGCACAUCGCCCAGAUGGGUCCACAACUUCUACCUCGCCGCGCUCGCUUCGUUCUACGCCAAGAAGGUUGAGGCUGGAUUGAAGAAGUACAAGCCAGACAUAAUAAUCAGUGUCCAUCCCCUCAUGCAACACAUUCCUCUAUGGGUACUCAAAUGGCAAGGUCUGCAGAAUAGAGUAGUCUUCACGACCGUCAUCACCGACCUCAACACUUGCCACCCGACAUGGUUCCAUCCUAAUGUGAAUAGAUGUUACUGCCCAUCAGAAGAAGUAGCCAAGAGGGCAGCACUGGAUGACCUACAACCUUCUCAGAUCCGUGUGUUUGGUCUUCCUAUUCGACCAUCAUUCUGUCGUGCUGUUCUUGUUAAGGAUGAUUUGCGGAAGGAACUUGAAUUGGAUCCUGAGCUACCUGCAGUGUUGCUGAUGGGAGGUGGAGAGGGCAUGGGUCCUGUAAAGAAGACCGCAAAAGCCCUUGGAGAGGUAUUGUUUGACCAAGAGCUGGGAAAACCUAUCGGGCAGCUUGUUGUCAUCUGCGGUCGGAACAAAACACUGAGCUCCUCAUUGCAGGCUCUUGAAUGGAAAAUGCCAGUAAAGAUUAGGGGAUUUGAGACCCAAAUGGAGAAAUGGAUGGGGGCUUGUGAUUGCAUUAUAACCAAGGCUGGACCAGGUACCAUUGCUGAAGCUUUGAUUAGAGGGCUUCCUAUCAUCCUCAAUGACUUCAUACCUGGACAGGAAGUUGGGAAUGUCCCUUAUGUGGUGGACAACGGUGCAGGCGUGUUCUCCAAAAGUCCCAAGGAAACUGCCACGCUGGUUGCCCAUUGGUUCGGUCCAGGCAAGGAUGAGCACAAGAGAAUGUCAGAAAACGCAUUGAAACUGGCCCAGCCGGAAGCUGUGUUUGACAUCGUCAGAGACAUCCACGAGCUCUCUCAGGAGCAAGGGGUGAAAGCUCAGAUCUCCAGCUCGUUGACAUCAUCCUUCUUCAUAUCAUCUCCUGACAUAAACCCAAGCGAGAUCCUUCUUUGAAGCCUUGAAGCCGUGUACAUAGCUAGAGUUGCAACAUCUCUUUGCGCUUUGCAUAUGCCUACAGUGUUAUCCUUGAAAAGAAACGAGAAGGAAAGGAAAGGAAAAUCUGGCAAGUGAUGCAGCCUGUUUUUGUUUCAUCUGUUGCUGUGCGAUUCUGCUUCGGGUAGUUUCUAUGGGCUCGUUUGACUGACAACUGCUCCUGUGUAAUACCGUGUUCUUGUAAAUCUGUGAGAAAAAAUGAUUCGUUGAACACCAUUCUUUACCGUUCCCUCGUUGCACAGGGGGCGUCACUGGUUGGCUUGUAAAGCAAACUUCAGUUUUGUGGAUUGAAUUUGUUUUUUUACAUGUAAAUUAUGUUAGUGCGCCAUUGGGUCAGUGUAAGAAGUGUAUGAUAUGAUGGCAGAUGGUGUGAGUGGAACUCUUUGGUUUUGGUGAAGAUAGUGAGUGAUGUACAUAUA